AUGGAGACCUCCAAGGAGAAGGCCCCUCUUCCUGAUGACAAGCGCGGCAGCAUCGUCGAGGCCGACGUCCAUUCGCUCGGCCAUGACCAUGGCGCCGAGUCGGAGCUUCGCCGUAUGCUUGGUACCCGCCACUUGACCAUGAUUGCGCUUGGCUCCUCCAUUGGCAUGGGCUUGUGGCUCGGCAGCGGCACGUCUCUCGUCAACGGUGGCCCUGCUGGUAUCUUCAUCGGUUACAUUCUCGCCGGAUCCAUGAUUUGGUCCGUCUCGCACUCCAUCGGAGAGAUGGCCAUCAUGUACCCACUGCCGUCUGCCUACGUGCAGUGGACCUCCAAAUUCAUCUGCCCAUCUGCUGCCUUUGCGCUCGGCUGGUCGUACUGGUUCUCAUACGUUAUCACCAUCGCCAACGAACUUGCGGCUGCAAACACUGUCCUGGGUUUCUGGACCGAGAAAGUUCCUAUCGCCGGGUGGAUCACUAUCUUCUGGGUUGUCCUCAUCGCAGUCAACGUCGGCGCCGUCACACUUUUUGGAGAGGUUGAGGUCGUCGCAUCGACCAUUAAGUUCGGAUGGAUCUUUGUUGUCAUCAUCUCCUUCAUCGUGAUCUCUGCCGGUGGUGCUCCCAACCACGAUGCAGUAGGGUUCAGGUAUUGGAAUGCUGAGCCUUUCACCAACGGCUUCAAGGGUUGGUUGGCCGUUAUGCCGACUUGUAUUUUCGCAAUGUCUGGUGGCGAGAACUCGGGCCUUGUCGCGUCCGAGAUGAAGAACCCGAAGAAGGCCGUCCCGCACGCUGUCAGCUCUAUCUGGGUCCGCCUUGCGCUCUUCUACCUCAUGGGCUCCUUGAUGGUUACCAUCACCGUCUCUCCCAACAACCCUGACCUAUUCGGUGGAUCCGGCACCAAUGCCUCGCCCUUUGUCAUUGCUUACCGUGAUGCUGGCUUACAGCCUAUGGCCCACAUCAUGAACGCCGUCAUUUUCCUUUCUGUCAUUUCGACUGGAUCAAUUUCCGGGUAUGGCGGCUCCCGUACUACGAUGGGUCUUGGCCAGCUGGGCAUGGCGCCGAAGAUUUUCACCCGCGCUGACAAGACGGGUCGCCCCUGGGCCGGCCUUAUCUGCACCCUCGGCCUCGGUGGUGCUCUCGCGUACAUCAACGUUAGCGAAACUGGCGCUGAGGUCUUCACCUGGUUCUCUAAUCUGACCUCGCUGUUCACGCUUUUUGGUUGGGGCAGCAUCUGCCUCUCCCACAUCCGCUUCCGCCGUGCCUGGGCCAUCCAAGGCCGCUCGAGUGCCGAUCUGCCUUGGAAAUCAUGGACGUACCCUUACGCCGCGUGGUGGGGUCUGUCCUGGUGCAUCAUCCUCAUCAUCGUCGAGUUCUAUCUCGCUGUCUCUCCGCUGGGCGGCUCGCCCAGUGCCGAGAACUUCUUCGCCAACUACGUCUCCGUUAUCGUUAUCCUUAUCCUCUACCUUGGCGCUCGUAUCUACAACCGUGGACCUUGGUGGCAAGACCUGUCCAAGGUUGAUCUUGAUGCAGGCAGGCGCUUCUACGUUGACAGCAUUGACGAGGAGGUAGCGGCCGCGAAGACGAGCAAAAAUCCGCUUGUCAAGGCGGGCAAGGGCGUUGUUGGUUUCUUUGGUGGUGAGAUUUAA